AUUAGGCAUUUUGACGGCAUCAAAGUCGAUCGCCAACUCAUUACCGCAUUAGCUGAGAGAUGGAGAAAGGAGACCCAUUGUUUCAAAUUUAGAGAAGGAGAGGCCACCAUCAUGCUAAAGGAUGUCGCCAUCCUAACCCAUCUGCCCAUCGACGGCAAACCGGUGUGCGCGAGUGAUCAUCCCCCCGACGAUCGUGACGGUAUGCCCGGUUGGAUUAAUUUCAUCCACAGUGUUUUGGGGGGUGAAAGUACCAGUCAAGGGGAGCGUUGA